CCCAAAUUCGUUCACCGACUCACUCGCCAAUCAACCGCCAUGAAGCUGCUACUGCCGUGUGCCGCCAUCAACCUGACAGUCUGCGUGGCGCUCGUCAGCUGCGCCUGUUACCUGCGGCUGGGCGAACGGAAGCCGAUUGAUUUUUACAUGCGUACGCUGCACGCGUCCCAGGGACCGGUGGAACCGGCGGAAAACCUCACCCUCCUGUUUGACUACGCCGGUGAUCCGCUGUUCAACGAGGAGCUGACGUACAUUGACGUGUACGGAUCGGUUUCGAGUUGCGUUUUCCAUGUGUUCACCUUUAACAACAAAACCGUACGGGUGAGCCUUUCGAGCGAGGAACCGUUAAGGAGCUUGACCGGGAAUAUGACGAUAUACGGAAUUCGGUGGGCGAAUUGAAAGUGUUUUGCUACAAAUAAAUAUUAAAAUUGGUCAUA